AUGAAUCCAGCAACCUUCCAGAACCCCAUGGGCAUGAUGCCGCAGCAGCAGCCCGCCCACGUCCAGCUCAAGGGUCAGGUCCUGGCUCGCAUGCGGCAACACAGUUCGACCUUGACCGGCUGGCAGAGCACCCUGGGGGCCGACGCGCGCACAAACGCCGUCUGGCAACUCUACAGCUUGUUGCGCCUCGCAAGGCCGGGCGUCCCCGACAGCGCUCUCCUCAACCAGGCCAUGCAGCACGAGUCGGGCAUGCUGAGCACGUCGCAGUCCAAGGAAGAGUACCUCACCAAAUUCAAGGCCGCGUCGCAGCGGCUGACCGAACUGCGAGCCAAAAAUGCCGACCAAGCCUCCAUGGCCAUGCAGCCUAACAACUCCAUGGCAGCUUCACAAAUGGGCAUGAUGCACCAGACGCCCAUGCAAGCCACCGGCUCGAACCAGGGACAGAACGCUUUCCACCAGCCCUACCCGGCUCACUUGCAGCACCAGAUGCAGGCCUCACCUCUGCCCAUGACCCAGAACCCGUCCUCGACCGGCAUGGACAACUCCAACAUCCCGUCGCAGGUCCAGCAGCAAGGCAUGCAGCAACCUCAACCAAAUCUCCAGUUCGGGCCCGAAGACCAGCAGAAAAUCACCGAAAUCACUCGUCAGCUACGCCAACGCUUACGACCUGAGGAUGAGAAUAGGAUCAGGACCGAGCUCCAAAGCAUGCCCAUAGAGAAACGUCAGGCACUCGAGCAGCGCAACAUCGACCCCAUAAUGUGGCGUCUACGUCAGAAUGCCAUGCGACUCUACGCCGCGCAGAAGCGUGCGGCCCAGACUGGUGGUCAAAUGGGUCAGCAACCAAACCAAGGCCCGGGCAUGGCUGGCAGAGGAAUGCCGAAUCCGAUGAUGCAGCGCACUCCGCAAAUGGGAAACACAACACCGCAGCAGAACGGCAUGGGAGGCGGCGCCGAGUUUGAUUACGCUCAGCUCACGAGUCAGCAAGCUGAUGCGGUGCGCUCUGCGCAAGCUGGCCAUGACGUGGUCCCUGCCAGCAACAACCCUGGCAUGGGCCAAAUGGGCGGUUUCAACGCCAUGGCCGGUGGCCAACCAGGACAAAUGGGCGCACAAGGCAGGAAUCCGGCUCAGCAACCCCCAGGCUUCAACAUCCACCAGGCCCAGCGAGAUAACGCCAUCCGGCAAAUCCAGGCACAAGCUCAAGCUCAGGCGCAGGCAGCCCGGGCCCAGGGAAUGACCCCACAACAGCUUGCUCUCAUGGGCCAGAGGCCUGGCUUCAACAUGCCUCCGGGCGGUCCACAGAACACUGCUGGCAUGUCAUUGCUGACACGGCCUAUGAUGCCUCCCGGUCCUGGAGGUAAUGGCACCCCGCAGCCAAGGCCUCCGCAAGCUGGCGGUCAAAUGCCACCCCAGAAUUUCGGACAAGGAGCACCAGGGAUGAGCCAGGCCGCACGAGCACUCCAGGAAGCGCACAUGAGGGCAGCAGCAGCUCAGACCCAGUUGCCUGGCGGCCCAAUCACUGCACGAGCAAGCCUCAUACCCGCCAACGUACCCGGCCCAGUCCGACAAAAGAUGCUGGAGGUGCCCGAGGAUCAAUUCAGAGCGCUUCUGACGAAGUGGUUCAACGCUAAUGGCAACCGGCCUCCGUUCGGACCCAACGCCAACAUGUCGCAACCUGGCGCGCAGAUGGGCCCUCAGCAGGGUAAUCCAGGCGGAAUGUCCAUGAUGGGUCCCAAUGCUAAUAUGCCACCGUUCAUGCAACAAGGCCAAAUGCAGAAUGGAAUGAACAACCCCCAGAUGCAGCAAGUAUUCCAGCAUGAGAUGAUGGCUCGCCCACAAAAUGAUGUUCCGCUCAACCCUCAAAUCGUGCAGCAAAUGGACACACUGCCAUACCCGCCGCCGAUUGCCGACGCUGUAAGACAAUCGAUGCCAGAAAACAUCAGGUCAUGGGGUCAACUGAAGGAAUGGGUCUCAAGGAACCCUAACCCGAUGCUGCCCAUGGAGAAGCUGACUCGGGUACAACGCAUUCAUUACGAGAAGCUUUCCGGUCAGCAACAAAACAAUGCUGCGAACCUCGGAAUGCCGAACGGUCAUCCGAAUGGUCCAGGGCAGCUUGGACCUGGUCAUCCAAAUGGCCAAGCACCUCAGGCUCCCAUGAUGCCCGCUGGCGGUACUCCGAAUCCGGGAAUGCAGCAGCGCAUGGCUGCCAUGCAAGCAGCUCAACGCCAGCGCUUGAUGAUGGCUAUACAGCAAGUGUCUGCUGCUGACAUUCAGCGCGUCAGGCAGCAAUACGGUCCAAGGGUAGCUAAUGCGAGCGACGAUCACCUGAGGCAACAGAUUGCCACUAUGCGGUUGCAGCAACAGCAGAAGGCGAUGGGACAACCGAACAUGCCAGGCAUGCCACCACAACCACCAAACAUGGGUAUGCCACAAGGCCCGAACAUGCAGCAGCCACCGCGGGUGCCUCAGCCUGGCCAACCUCAACCAGCUCCUCAAAUGAGUGGUCAGCAACCUCAGGGCCAAGCGAAGCAAGCACCUCAACCGAAGCAGCCUGGCAAUGCGACGCCCAAGGUCCAACCCCAACAGGGCUUGAAGAGGCCGUCGAGCGAUGAUGUCGUGGAAGUCGCCGACCCGAGCAAGCCACAGGCGCCUCCGAUGCAGCCGUCACAAUCCCAGCAACGUCCUCUGGGGAUGACGCAAGCGCAGUUCGAAAAAUUGACUCCCCAGCAGCAGCAGGUCUUGCGGCAAAAGCAGAUGGCCAUUCAGGCGGCUCAAGCUCAAACUCAAAAUCAAGGCCAGGGCGCUGCUGUCCAGGGCGCCGCUACCCAGAGCGGGCAGGAAAUUUCGACCGCCGAGAGAAAUGAAUUGACCAAGAAAUUCAUGAUGCUGUUGACUGAGGUCAGCCAGAGCGUGGGCCAGCGACCAGUCAUCGAGGUCCCUCCGGAGGCCAAGGCGGCCAUGGCACAGAAGCUCCGUGCUCAAGGCAACAUCAUCCAGGGCAUCGACAAGUUCAUGCUGGCAGAUUAUGUGAGGCAUCGUGACGACAAACGGACAAAGAAUAUCAUCAUGGUGCGACACCUCCUCUUUUCGCAGCUGGACGGCCAGCGACAACUCCGCGAACAGGUCACCAUCGAGCCGGCGAAUUUCGAGAAGCUUCUGCAUAACAUCGACGUGUUCAUGCGCCAGGUCGCAAAGGAGGCGCAGAACGACAAGAACGAGAAGAACGAAAAGAAGAGUAAGGCGGCCGAGACAGCUCAGGCUGACGGCGCACAGCCACAAGCUCAGCCAUCAGCAAAUGCUACUCAAGGACCCCAGUCGAAACUCAGCCACGCUAACCUUCAAGCGUUCCAAGACCACCAAGCAGCGAUCCUUCGCCGUCCGCAAUCUGGCAGCAAGCCUCCCGCAGCUCCGACUUCUUCGCAACCGCCGUUCUCCUUCUCCUCUCCUCAUGGCACUCCCGUCUACCCGCCCAACAGGCAGUCCGAACUUACGCCCGAGAAGCUUAAGUUGCCGGCCAAGAAGAAACAAAGGACGAGCGCCGACUCUACACCGGCCCAGGGAACGCCUAUCGCGACUUCCUCGCCACAAAUCGGCAAACUCAGUCCCGAAUUGCGCCGCGAUGCCAGCCAGCCGGGUCUGCCCGCCAAGCCGCGCUUCUCCUGCCCUCACCAAAUCUGCGACUUCAGUGCGCGGGGCUUUGAGACGAAGGAGGAACUUGAUGGACACAUGAAGGAGCAACAUGCGAAGAUUGAGGAUCCUCUUCAGUUUGCUGUCGAUAGCGUCGCCGAAGGUCUGGGCCUCAAUGCCGAUGGAAGCAGCAAAGCACCCAAGGUCGAUGCUGCCGCGGCCAACCGUAGCAAGCCUAUGUCAGUCGCGAAAGCACCAGCUCUCGCAGCGGCCAAGACCGGUCAGACUCCGAUUGUCAAGGCCGAGGCCGCAACUCCUGUCCCUGGCGGUGCAGCCGCAACCCCGAUGAAUCGGGUCCCGACUCAGACGGGUAUCAAGAGUUCUCCAUCGGCAAAUUUCAAGACGCCGCAGGCUGCAGGUAUCAAGACGCAAACUCCCGGCUCGGGUUCCGGUGCUAUUCCGAUGCACCGCACUCCCAGCAAGCUCGGCGUCUCCAAGGACAUUGCUGGCAAGCCCGUUGAUGGCACUUUGCCUGCCGGCGCCGUUGAUGGCCUUUUGAGCCCGCCGAAGGAUGCAACUGCUGCUGAUCCUUGGCGUAACUGCCCCCUUUCUCCAAAGGAGCUCAGCAACUUGUUUGACUUCGAGGAAGACAUUCUGGGUGAAGUUUGCUCCAUGCCCGCUGAGCAGUUUGUCUUCCAGCAUGACGGCCUCACUCCGACGACGACUCCGAGCCCCGCCGACACAGACAAGAGCGCCACGACGGCUACGAGCGACAUCUCGGAGAACGACAAGCUGAACAUCAAGAUCAGCGCCGAGGAUGGUCUCAGCUUCGACCAAUGGAAGCUGGAGUCUGAUAUGGAUUUCAGUCGGCAGAUGGACAAGCUGUUCAUGUUCGAUGAGGCGAGCGACGGCACGACGGGCUUGCCUGAGAUGAGCAUGGAUAUGGGCCCCAGCAACGACUUCUGGAGAGACAGGAUGGGCGAUCAGAAGAAGAUUCCCGGAUGGUCUUCGGAAGAGCUGGAGCCGCCAUUUGACUUUUUGAACGCGCCUAUCUACGACGAGGCGAGGGAUGUGCUGUUCGGACUUGACACGGCCAUGAUCGACGCUUCAUGA